ACGAUAACACUCUUCUGUAGCGUUCCCUCUCUUCUCAUAAUCUCGAGUUAGCUUCUGUUUUUUUCUGUUUAUUAUUUUUCAGUCAGCAGGUCAUUGCAUGCAGGCGGACGGAGUGGCUGAGUCCUGCGCUGUCAGAGGGGGAGAUUGGAGUGGUUGUCUCUUGCUACUACGCUCUCUCUAUUUCUCUCUCUUGCUUGUGUUCUGCCUGCUACCAUCGGAAUAACAUUCCUGCAGCUCUGGAUUAUCUGCCUAAAACACAGAAUUACACUUUUACACACACACCUGGGAAAUCUCUGGAUACCGUAAACAGAAGGAGAGAGGCUUCUGUUUCCCUUCGCGGGCGACCUCUUCUCCCCUAUGAGGAGAGAGGGAUGGAUGGAGGAGGGACAGAUCAGGGGAAAACUCCCACCAUGCAUGCGCCAUGAACAAGAUGAAGAACUUUAAGCGACGUUUCUCUCUGUCUGUCCCUCGCACUGAGACCAUCGAGGAAAAUGAGUUCACUGAGCAAAUCAACCAGCUCAACAUCCAACACACUCAGGCACUGACUCCAGACAGCCUGACUCUGCCGUCACUUCACCCUGAGGCCAGUCCCAGUCCAGUGAGCCCUGAGCCAGCCACGCCCGGAGCACAGUCCCCCUCCCAGCUCCAGUACCGCAGCAAAGCACCACACCGACGCUUCUCUAUGGAAGACGUGAGUAAGCGUAUGUCUCUGCCCAUGGACAUCCGCCUUCCUCCGGAGUUCCUCAAGAAGCUGCAGAUGGAGAGAGAGAUGGAGAGUGAGAACAACUCUCCUCCCUGCAAACCCCUCAGCCGCAUGUCUCGACGGGCUUCACUGUCUGACAUUGGCUUUGGAAAGCUGGAGACGUACGUGAAACUGGGCAAACUGGGAGAGGGGACGUAUGCCACCGUUUUUAAGGGUCGGAGCAAACUGACAGAGAACCUGGUGGCGCUGAAAGAGAUUAGGCUAGAGCACGAGGAGGGAGCGCCCUGUACAGCUAUCAGAGAAGUGUCUCUACUGAAGAACCUAAAACACGCCAACAUUGUCACACUGCAUGACAUCAUACACACAGAACGCUCCCUCACUCUUGUCUUUGAGUACCUGGACAGUGAUCUGAAACAGUACCUGGACAACUGUGGAAACCUGAUGAGCAUGAACAACGUCAAGAUCUUUAUGUUCCAGUUGUUACGUGGUCUGUCCUACUGCCAUAAGAGGAAGAUCCUUCACAGAGACCUCAAACCUCAGAACCUGCUCAUCAACGACAAGGGAGAGCUCAAACUAGCUGACUUUGGUCUGGCACGGGCCAAGUCUGUCCCCACUAAGACCUACUCCAACGAGGUGGUGACUCUAUGGUACCGCCCCCCUGAAGUACUUCUGGGUACCACAGAGUACUCUACACCCAUCGACAUGUGGGGCGUGGGCUGUAUUCUAUUUGAGAUGGCGACAGGUCGUCCCAUGUUCCCCGGCUCCUCAGUGAAAGAGGAGCUGCACUUAGUCUUCAGAAUCAUUGGUACCCCAAAAGAAGACAGCUGGCCAGGUAUCUCCAAUAAUGAUGAGUUCAGAUCCUACAUGUUCCCCGAGUACAGACCUCAGCCACUCAUCAACCACGUGCCUAGGCUGGAUACUGAGGGGAUUGACAUGCUAACUGCUUUACUCCUGUAUGACACUAGGACCAGAGUCUCGGCUGAAGCAUCUCUUAGACACCCCUACUUCCUCACCCUGGGAGAGAACAUCCACAGCCUUGCAGACACCUCCUCUGUGUUUUCUCUCAGAGAAAUUAAACUACAGAAAGACCCAGGCCACCGCAGCUCAGUGUUCCAGCCUCCAGGUCGGGGGAAGAACAGAAGGCAGAGCAUAUUCUAAAGGACGACCAGCCGAUGGAGUGCAGACAGGGGGAGAGAAACCCUCAAGGAGGAAUCGGCUUUGAAGACAAACACACUCCAAUCCCUCAUACAAACAGAAAUACAAAUGCAAACACACACAUCCAGGUCACAUCAGUCUAACCUAAAAGGUAUUUCCUGGUUAAAUAAAGGUUCAAGUUAAAUUUACACACACACACACAUCUAAUCCUCUCCCUCCCCACAACAGAGGAUGGAUACAGACAGGGUUUCUGAGAAUAAACUAGCACUACACCUCAAACGUCUUGGAGCCGAGUUCCCUCUAUAUGAGCAUUCUACUGUCAUGAUUCUGGGACUGACCCGGAAGUAUCUCCCAUUCUCCUACCCAAUCCCCUUCCUACUCAGCCCCCUGCAGACACCCAAGCUAACCAAUCACUCUGCAUGUUUCAAUGAUCUCCACUUCUCCCUUUCCCUUCCUCCUCUCCUUCUGUUCAUGUCCCCUUGUAGUAAAAUAACACAGAGUUAGCACCUUGCAACACAACCACCAUCUGAGACCAAAAAACUAAAUCCAAACAAAAUCUGUAUGGUUGGGCAAACCUUCCUCUACAUAACCACCCCUUGAUUUUACCUAGUGGGGAUUUCAUUCAAAUCAGUAUUACAGUUUUUGAAAUGGCCUUAGUAAAAUGUGUUUGAGAUUUCUUUCUUCAAAAUAUGAUAUAAAGAAACCUAUGGGCAUUUGCUUUGCAUUAGUGAAUAACACACGGUUAGUGUUCGUAUCACUGAGUUACCUAUUUGCACAAGCCUGAAAUCACCUCUGAAGAGUAUUCCUGGACUGGCUCUAGAUUAAGAUGAAGAAGGAUUAGACAAAGACCAUUACAUAAUGAACACGGAAUUGCAAAUGGAAACUGACUAUUCCAAUUGGUUUAUUCACUUCCAUUCACUGGAGCACAAAUUCUGAUCUCCCCACUUCUCUCUGAAGUGUGCAGUUGUCCCCCCCCCCCCCCCCCCCCCCCCCCCUAUGAAAUGGGCUUGGGAAUUCCAAUUGGCUCCCAGAGCAGAUAUAGGAUACUUCCUAAAUAAUCUGGACAUCACUGUCUAAUCUGUCUCCAUUUUAUGCUUGGACCGAGCCUGUCUUCUAACAUAGUCUCCCCUUACCUCUCACCUACCUCUCUCCUAACCUAGGGUGCAUCUAGUCUUGAGGGGGUUCCUCUUCUCCUCUCAUUCAUCUAAACUAUUAUACAAAAGACAGGGUCACUGAAAAGCAAUUUGGGGUAAGCCUACUAGAAUUCAAUCUGUUUACACCUCUGUGUGUCCAGCACAUUUAUAUCUGAUGAAAGAAAGGGAACAAGGAGAGGGAGCCACUAUAGACUACUCAGAUGCAGUUCUCUCUACCCCACACUGGAGACAACGCCAAUAAUCUUAUAGAGAUAACUUUCCUUGUCUCCUUUACUUCCUAACUGAAAAAACUGACAGGUAAAAGCAAUAUGGUGGACACUUAUCCAGUCCUAUCAGUGGCCAUGAAGGAAAUAAGGUAAGGAUGGGAAGCCAAAAGCAUUGGGACCCACUGGGAGAGAUGGCGAUCUGUGUAUUACACUUUAAAACUUCCCCUCUGUUUAUUUUAGCAACCUCUGGGGCAGAAGUAUUAGCCUACUGUAUAUGUUUUGCUGUGGUAAAUAAAGAUAUUUUAAAUACUGUACUGUAAUGAAAAUAAAUCAUAUAUAUGUACCUUAAAGGCCCAGUGCAGUCAAAUGUGACAUUCCUGUGUUUUAUGUAUAUUUCCACACUAUGAGGUUUGAGUAAUACUGUGAAAAUGUGAAAAUGAUGAUAAUGCCCUUUUAGUGUGAGAGCUGUUUGAAAAUACCACCUGUUUACUGCCAGGCGGUAAAUUAGUUAAUAGUCAAAUAAGAAAGAGAGUUCCAAACCUCUCUGGCAAUAGCAGCUAGUUUUCAGUUUUCCCCUCAAUCAGACCACUCCCAUAUAGUCUUAGCAAAAUUAGAAAUUGCUCUUUGCUAAGGAAGCUAUCUGGUUAUUUAGAUAUUAAUUUAUUUUUGACAUUUUGAAUCGACAGCAAUCACAGUAAGGUACUUAAUUGUAACCCAGAAAUGACUUGAUGUCUGAUAAAAACAUCUGCAUUGGACCUUUAGGAGAUGUUUUUCUGUUUUCUCAGUGAAUUUUAUGCCAGAUGAUACAAGUGAUGACUGUGUUAAAUGACUGUAGAUGAUGUCUAAAUGUUUUAUAAAAGAUAAAGUAUAUUUAGAUUUUGUAUAAAAUGUGAUAUUCAAUAUUUUGUGUGAUUUAUCUACAGCACUUAUUAAAACAAGAGAAACUGAAUGUAUUGUGACUGCCAAGAAGCCAAAAGUGAUCAAAUAAUAAAUAACUGAUAAAUUAAUAAAUUAUAUAAUUCUGUAGCACAA